CGUAUUCUCAUUCGACUUGUUUGCACUUGAGAACCUCACACACAUACGUGCCCUUUUCCAAUCCGUUUUCUCACAUCAUCGCUCCCAAUCCUGUCUUUGAAUCCCCAUCUUGAAGAAAACCAGCCCCGCAGCACCACGAUGGCGCAACAACAACCCCAACUCAAAGGAUAUACAUCCUACAAACACUUCAAUGUGACCUCCGCCGGGCCUGCCUUCGUCGUCCACGUGGAGAUCAACCGUCCUGCCAAACUUAACGCCUUUUUCGAGGCCAUGUGGCUGGAGUUGGGCCAGGUCUUCCGGCAGCUGUCGUCGGACCCGGACGUGCGGGCCGUGGUGCUCUCGGGCGCCGGCGACCGGGGUUUCACGGCGGGUUUGGACAUCCACGCGGCCAGCUCGAACAACCAGCUGCAGUCGAGCGGCGCCCUCGACGUCGGGCGCAAGGCGGCCCAGUUGAGAAGAUACAUUACUGAAUUUCAGGAUAGCAUUUCGGCUAUUGAACUGUGCGAGAAACCCGUCAUCGUCGUCCUCCACGCCAUCUCCCUCGGCCUCGCCAUCGACAUCGCCUGCGCCGCCGACAUCCGGCUCUGCACGCGUGACGUCCGGCUGGCCGUCAAGGAGGUCGACAUCGGCCUGGCCGCCGACAUUGGCACGCUGAGCCGGCUGCCCAAGGCCGUCGGCAACUUCUCGUGGGUGAAGGAGGUAUGCAUGUCGGCAAGAGAGUUUGGCGCGACCGAGGCGCAACAGGUCGGCUUUGUCAGCCAAGUUCUCGACAGCAAGGUGGCUGCCCUGGAUCAGGCGGUCAAGCUGGCGGGCUUGAUUGCUGGGAAGAGCCCGAUUGCUGUGCAGGGAACUAAGGAGUUGUUGAACCACGCAAGGGACCAUUCAGUUUCUGAAAGCUUACGGUAUACCACCGUGUGGAACUCGGCUGCUUUGCAAACAAGAGAUAUGAUGGACGCGUUAUCGGCUAGUGUGCAGAAGAAGAAGCCCGUCUUUUCGAAGCUUUAAAGAGGAUCAAGUAGUCCAUCGCGGCUGGUAACUGUUACGCAGUGUUGAAGGUGUAUAAAUAAAUGCAUGUAAUUCAGGGGGGUUCGGCGACUUCAAGUCACUACAUAUGCAUCUCCUAUCUACUAGGCAACUCCUAGU